GAUGGCAACAAAAAGAGUUCAUUAUAUUAUCCAUCCAGUCCAGACUCCUCUCUGAAUUAUAUUAUCCAUCCAUUUUUAGCACUUGACUUCAUGGCGUCUACCUCCUCCUCUCACAAGCCUUCAUUCAGUGAAUUUGGAAGGAAAACAUUCACUGUAUCAUAUGAUGCAUUCAUUAACCACCGAGGCCCUGACACGAAAGCUACUGUGGCUUUUGCAAUUUAUGAAUCACUGGAAGAAAGGGGAUUUUGGACAUUUCUUGAUGAUCAAGAAUUACAACCAGGAGAUUCAAUUGAGCCUGCCAUACAAAAUGCCAUAUACUCUUCCUCUGUGAAAAUCGCCAUCUUCUCACCAGGAUAUGCGGAGUCCCCUUGGUGUCUAAAUGAGCUGGUUGAUAUGUUGAAAACCAAGGCUCUGUUUAUUCCUGUAUUUUGUGAUGUGAAGCCUUCUGAUCUUCGCUUUCCUCACAAGGGAGCUUAUGCACAUGCAAUCGCUGAACAUGAAAGAAAGGGGAGAUUCAGCAAGAAGAAGCUUCAACAGUGGAAAGGAGCCCUCCGCUCUUCUUCACUGGUCUCUGGCUACGAAUUGAGCAAAUUUAACGAUAAUGUUGAGGAGCUGCGUACAAAGAUUGCCUUGGCUGUGCAAGAAAGGGUUGGAAAGAAGGGCUUCCAAAGAUAUGUGGAAGUUGCAAAACAUCAUAUAGAUCUUAAUGCAGACGCAGAAGCGUCAACGAGUAGGUCGGCAGAGGUGUACAAGAAAUCUAGCCUUCUGCCCAGAGAUUCACAUCCAGUGGGGUUACAUUCCAAAGUUGAAGACAAGCUCAGGUUGCUACAAGAUCCACAAGUUCCAGUUAUAGCCGUCGUUGGUAUGGGCGGCUCAGGAAAGACAUUUCUUCUCCAAAAUGUCUACAAUGCCUUUAAAUCCAGGUUUGACAAUUCUAUAUGGCUCUCUAUUUCCAAAUCAUAUGCAGUCAAGAAUUUGCAACAUGAUAUAGCCUUCCGCAUAGGGUUAAAAAGUAAAGUUGUGGAUGGUGCCAUAUCUCAAGAGACAGCGGCUGAAUUAAUUCAUGACCGUCUCCAAGGGAAAAAAACUCUUAUUGUGUUAGAUGAUCUGUGGAAUUUGUCAGUAGAAGAUAAUCUCUUAUAUAAACUUGGUCUGCCAACUGAUAAAAAUUGUAAAGUUGUGGUGACCACAAGAAAUAAGGAGGUUGCUCGAAAUUCAACUGCUCGUAUUUAUGAGAUGGAAAAUUUGUCGGAUGAAGACAGUUGGAAGCUGUUCUGUGUCCACGCAUUUCCGGGUCAUGAAGAAUACAGACCGCCAACGCACUUGGAAGAGGUGGGUCGUGAGAUAGUAAAGCAAUGUGGAAACUUGCCUCUGGCUAUCAAAACGACGGCAGCAUCUCUGGCUAAGGCCAGUCAGCUUAGAAAAUGGGAGUCCAAGCGCCGUCAGCUUGAAAGGGCAGUUAUUCCCAUUGGGGAGCAUGACCCUGUGAUGGAUAUAUUAAAAUUGAGUUACGAUUCCUUGCCUCUACAUCUUAAACCCUGUUUUGCUUAUCUUUCUUUCUUCCCCGAGGAUGCGGAGAUAGACCCUGAAUAUCUGGUAUAUCUGUGGAUAGGAGAGGGUUUCGUCCCAGCAGGAGAGGAGCAGUGGGAUACGGCGCUGGAUUGGUUAGAUCAACUUGACCAGCUGUGUCUGCUUCAACUAUGGGAAGAUCGACACCGUCAUUAUCUGCAAGAAUAUGGACGGUUAAAGAAAUAUUGUAAAAUUCAUGAUCUGUUGCAUGAUUUGGCCAUACAGAUAUCGAGAGAAAACAAAUGUGUUUUUUCUCUUGAAGAAGCCUCCACACAUACUACUGGUGCCUCUGGCUGGUGUCGGAUUUUACUAGCCAAGAAAGAUAGAAAUGCAAAUGCCCUCUCACAUUGCCGUCCAGCAUAUCUCCGUACACUCUCAAUGUCUGAGAAUUGGAACAUUAAAACCAUUCCAGAAAACUUGUUUACCGCAAUGAGAGGACUGCGCGUUCUGGAUUUAAGCGGCACAAAGAUUUUAACAUUGCCUGCGUCUGUUGGAAAGAUGGCACUUCUGAAGGUCCUGAAUUUAAGGGACACAGAGGUAUAUAAGGUACCGGAGUGUGUGAGAUAUCUGAAAAGUCUCUUGUUUCUUGCAAUGCCCUUUGAUCUUAAGUACAUACCAGUAUGGAUAAGUGAACUUAAGAGUCUUCAACAUUUAGAAUGCGAAUGUGUUCAUGCCAUGCCGAAGGGAAUAUCAGAUAUGGCCUCUUUGAGAACACUCAGAAUCUCAGAUCAGCAGCCUUGAAGCUCUCCAUAGAAAAGGACGAAUUGAUGAGGUUGGAGGAUUUGGCCAAGAUGACUCAGAUUCAGGAAUUACGUUUAUGUCUUAAGGACGAGAUGGAGUUGGAGAGGAUGGAAGAAGGGGUUCUUGCGCAGCUCAUCAAGAUGCGUCGUCUACGUAUCAGGAAUAUGAUGAUGAGAACAACUGGGUAUGAGAGUACGCAGCUUUCAGAGAAAAUGAGAACAAUGAGAGAUCUGGAAAGUCUUCAAUUAGAGCGCUUCUUAGUGCCAGGUUGGAUAUGUGAUUUGGCAAAUCUGAGGGAAUUGGAAUUGACAGAUUGUAAGUGUAUAUAUUAUCCGGAGUUGCAAACAAUGCCCAAUCUAGUGAGGUUGGCGUUGUAUGGGAAUGAAUGGUGCAAAGAAUUGCCAAAGGCGUUUGGAAAGUCGGGAGGGUUUCCACGCCUCCGCUUUUUAAUAAUUAGCUCUCUUCCAAAAUUAGAGGAGUUCCCAAAAUUGGAGGAGGGGGCAAUGGCAUGUCUUGAGGAGGUUCGUCUACUAUUUUGUCGGAAUUUGAAGAAAGUGGGAGAGGGAUUGGAGCGAUUGAAAAGAUUGAAGGUAUUCGAUUACUCAGGGACAGAUGGAGUAAGAGGGGCAUUAAAGGAAGGCGGAGAAUAUAGGAAUAAAAUCGAAGCCAUUAAUUCCGGUGUAAUUAUUUACACCGAAUCUGAAUCAGAAUCUAAACAGAUUAGAUUUUGAUUUUAAAAUUUAUUAUUAUUAUUGUAAUAAUCCAAGAACAAUGCAGAAUAGCAAUAGAAACCAUGUAAAGGUAUAAAAUUAACUUUAUUG